UCCAGACUCGCCACACGGACUGGAAGGGCUAUGAAAGUGACGAAGGCUUGAUGUAGGGGUUUUUAAAGAAGGCUCGAGAAGUGUUUUAUUAUUUUUUUAAAGGUGGCAAACCAAAGAUUAGCAGAAUACACAGCCAAAAUGCUCUGCCACGUUACUCGUCCGGAUUCAGUGGUGAUGGAAGUGGAAGUUGAUGCGAAGGCGAACGGUGAAGACUGUCUGAAUAAGGUUUGCAGAAAGUUGGGCAUAAUUGAAGUGGACUACUUUGGGCUGCAGUUCACGGGCAGCAAAGGAGAGAACCUGUGGCUGAAUCUGAGGAAUCGCAUCUGUCAGCAGAUGGAUAACGUGACGCCGUGUCGACUGAGGCUGAGGGUCAAGUUCUUUGUGGAGCCCCAUCUCAUUCUGCAGGAACAGACUAGACACGUGUUCUUCAUGCACGUGAAGGAGGACCUCCAUAACGGGCACCUACGGAUGGGCUCAGAACAAGCCGAGGAGCUGAGCUCGCUCCUGGCACAGGCAGAGUUUGGGGACUACAACCAAAACACAGCAAAGUACUGGUACUCCGAGCUGUGUGGAGAGGAUCCCAGCACGGCCACCAUGAACAGCAUCAUUUCCAGACACAAGGCUCUGGAGGGUUUGGGCCCGGGCUCUGUGGAGUACCAGGCCCUGCAGCUGGUCUCCUCUCUGGAGCAUUACGGCGUGGAGUGGCACUGGGCGCGCGACGCAAACGGCCAGCGGCUCGCCAUUGGAGUCGGCCCUGAAGGCAUCGCCAUUUGCAAGGAGGACUUCAGUUUAGUCAACAGAAUAAGCUAUCCAAUCAUCCAGAUUGCAACCCAGUCGGGGAAGAGUGUGUACUUGACGGUAACCAAGGACACAAAUGACAGCGUGGUGCUUUUGUUCAAGCUGAUCAGUAACCGGGCAGCCAGCGGUCUGUACCGAGCCAUUACAGAGACACACGCCUUCUACAGGUGUGACACAGUAACCAACGCAGUGAUGAUGCAGUACAGCAGAGACUUUAAGGGCCACCUAGCUUCCCUUUUCCUCAACGAGAACAUCAACCUGGGCAAGAAGUACGUCUUCGACAUCCGACGCACCUCCAAGGAAGUGUACGACCAAGCCCGCCGCGCCCUCUACAACUCGGGGGUCGCUGACCUGGGCUCUGGCAGCGGCGAGCGCUCCUCUCCCUCACGCUCCCCCAGCCGAGACGACCCCCAGGACGAGGGGCUGGACUGCGGCAGCUGCCAGCAGAGCAGAGCGCUGCAGGAGCGGCUGCAGAAGCUCCGGGAGGCUCUGCUGUGCGUGCUCUGCUGCGAGGAGGAGAUCGACGCUGCGUUCUGCCCCUGCGGACACAUGGUGUGCUGCCAGUCCUGCGCAAACCAGCUGCAGCUGUGUCCCGUGUGUCGGUCGGAGGUGGAGCACGUGCAGCACGUCUACCUGCCCACCUGCACCAGCCUGCUGAACCUGACGCUGACCGACAACCACCAGCACCGCAGCCCCCCCGCACCCAUCCACAGAGAACUGGCUUCUCCGCACAGCUGCUCUGCAACAGAGUACGAGCACAAGAUCUACCACACAUAAAGACAACUCCACCAAACUCCAUUACGAACACUUUGAAGCAAAACCAGCCAGAUUGAGGUUUCACGAAAGAAGAAACCUUCCUCGUCCAUCUGCGUUUCCUGCCCGGAAUCCAAGAACUACUAAACAUUCAGAAGCUCGUGAGCAUAUUCAAAGAUGGACACACUCAAACCACUCCUUCAACUAGUGUGUGUGUGUGUGUGUGUGUGUUUUAUUGUUAUUUCCCUUUGGAUUGUCACUUUGUCUUGUUGGUUCUUAGUAUUUGUUUGCAUGUCAUCUGUCCAAAUCUUAUUUUAAGACGGCCCCUGCCACAAGAUGAUUUUAGAUUAGGCUCUUAUUGUCCUUUAAGUUAUUGCAUCAGUUGACCUGGUACAGAAUUGUUUUAUUCAUUUGUUUUUUCUUCGUUCCAUAUCAGACUCCUAGCCCCAGAACCAUAUCAUAAAAGUAUGUGCUUAGAAAUGCCUAACACAUUACCCGUCUUUAUUUUAACGAUUUGACAUUUUAAAGCUUCCGUUUUGGAUUUUGAGAUCUGAAUUUUAUGUAGAGUGAAAUCCGUUUUUUUAAUCCAUAUUUAAUUUCUUGUUUUUCAUGUUUCCUAUGCCAAUUAGGGGGUCUUUGGAGGCUAAGCAGCUGCUCUGGGUGUAUCGGUGCAUAGUAAUCGGGUGCUAAGGCCACCAUGGUCCAGUUUUAUGUGAUCUCUGGAUUAAAUGUGGUUCUUUUAGCAAACUAGAAAUGUGACCUUGAGUGUGAAAUGCAGUAUCUUACUUUCACAACCCCCCUAAACUCCAAACUGGACUUGUUUAUUAACUGCCACUUUUCCAAAACAACAAGCUGGUUUCAUAGACUGAUAUACCUUUCCAUUUUGUAUCUCCAUGCCAACAUAAAGUGGAAAAAAAAAAUAGGAGCACUUGUACUGCUCUAUACUAGACGCAGUACCACAAAAUAGGGAUUUGUCCAACAGCAGCUGCUUCCUCUAAAAACCUCAGCUAUACAUUUCGUUCUCGAGGGUGUACUAUUGAGUUCCUGUUUCGAUAUUUUUUUAAAGGGUACUAGGAGAUCUGUCUGUGCAAUACUUGCUUGCUUUUUAAAAAGCUUUUCAGUUUUAUUUAAUUUCAAAAGACUAUUUAAGAGAAAAAAAACAUUGUCACUUUACCAAGGAUGUUUUCCACGUCUGUAGAGGGAUUGGCCUUAAUGUAGCAGCGACAUCGUGUUUAUUAUAAACUUUCGACAGACUUUUUUUCUGGUAAGAAAAGGAACACUUUUAUUUCUUUGACGCUGACUCGAUUAAGCUCAGUCACUGCAGGGGAAGGACUUUUAUUUUUCACAUUGUGCAAGUAGCGAUUUGUUUCUGUUUUCUGAAGCAAAAGCCACCAGAAAGAAAUCCUUUUUAUAUAUUCAGUUUUUUUAACAAGAGAAAAGUAUUAAUAAAGUUUUUUUAAAACAAA